UCCUUAUUGAAAAGGUGAUCAAUACUUUGCGUUUAUUAUCUCGCGAUAUCGAACGGGAUUCUUGAGUUGUCAAUUUGCUGCUAUAAAGAGCGCUCGUCAUGUCUGACGACGAAUACUACGACGAGUUUGACGACAUCUUCUGGAUCGAAGAGCCUGAACCUGAUGCAGCUGACGACCUGGCCGCGACAGCAACUUACGAUGCCGUUUUCUUUGAAGACCCGACGUUCGAUGUAGACGAGUACUACAGCGACUGGGACGAACUUUCCGACGACUAUUACGACGAGGACCCGACGGUUAAGCGACGACAACGUGCAGCGGAACUAGCCAACCGGAAACCAGCCGGUCAAGGUCCCCAGACGAUACGGAGACGGAAACAAAGCAACGAUAUACAAACUGGAGGAGGGGGUACUACUCGAGUCGUUUCAUCCCAGGCGCCAAACCCGACAUCUUUCCAGAGCGUCGUCUGGAAACGACCAGAGCACGAAAAGAACCCGGUUCAGGUCAUGGCACCAGGCGAAGGGGAAAAGGUCGCAUUACUCAAAAACUGGCGGGAAGUUUUCAAGAACUCCCAUCCCUCGUUCGGCCGUUCCCGGGCAUGGAGACAACAGAAAGUACUUGAUUAUCUUGAUAAUUCUGUUCCGGAAUUUGCGCCUUCGGGUCCAGUUAAAGAUCUCAUGGUGGAAGAUGAGACGUCAAGGGAUGUCAGCACUGACCGAACUCCGGGAGACAGUGGGUCUGGAGGUUAUGCCUCGAAUACGACUCUGGAGAAAUCCGUCUCUCCGCCCUCUGUGCAAGAUGACAAGACUAUGAAUCCGACCUCGGUAAACGACUUACCGGCAAACAAUGAUCAUUCGCAACAGUCCGCCCCACCUAAUAACGAAAAUAACAGUAAUACUUCGACAGGACCCCCGCCUCCCGCUUCGUCGCCUGUGAAGGGUAGAAAGCGCAAGGCAUCUAUCUCCAUUGACGAGGACCAGUCUGCUCAGGAUACUAAAGGACGCAAGUCGAAACGCGUGGCGGCUGACCAAGACACACAGCCAGCGCCAGCAUCUGGGCCUGUACGGAGGUCGGCUAGACAAACGAGAAGUCAGAAAUAGUGAUCUAACAUAUGGAUCCAUCUUGAGAGGGCUAUGUUGAAGAGAAAGGAAAGAAGGCAUUUAAUGAUCAAAAUUGUAAUAUA